UUCUGGGAUGACCAACUUACUCUUGAAGAGAUGGACCUUAUCUGCGGAUCAUAUGAAGUUGCAACAGAUGGUAUCCAACAGACCGCGAUACGCUCUUGGUGGCCCCGUUCAGGUGCUUGGAAAUCAUGUGGUCUUAAUUGCGGUUUUUGGUCAGAAGAUGCAGAAGAUUGGUUUCUGACACGUUUACACAAAAUU